AUGAGGUUGGAGAGCAUGUUGAGCAUCAUCUGUGACUACCUCACCUCUGUCUGUCUGUUGGGCUACGUGAUGGAAAAGUGUGGCGCUACCAAGAAACAGGUUUUGAAGUUGGUUAAGGCCAAGCUGAAUAUUGAGGACAAGGCAGUGAAGCGUCAAAAUCAAGAGGUGAGAGUGGAGGAAGAGACCCCAGAGGACAAUGCCAGGACAGCAGCAGUGGUGACCAGUGACACUGAGGAGGACCAGGAGAAGGAGCUGCCGCCACCGCCACCAGCCAAAAGAAGCUGUACUCUGCUUGAGAACCUGUUAGGACCGGCGUUCACAAAUCAGGCUCCGGAGCCCAAAUCAGCAUACGCCAGAGCCAAGGACGAGAUGGCUAAGUACCGCCUUGCUUUAACACCUUCUCUACAAGAGGACCCUCUCCACUGGUGGAGUGUGCAUCAGGUGCUGUACCCCAUGAUUACUAAUGUGGCCAAAUGGUACCUGUGCAUUCCAGGCAGCAGUGUAUCUGCAGAGCGGGUAUUCUCCACCGCAGGAGAUAUAGUAACAGCCCAGUGUAGCACACUCAAGUCGGAGCACACUGACCAGCUGUUAUUCUUGCACAUGAAUGUGUGUGUCCCAGAUUCUGGCACUGACGAUGAAGAGUCUGAUGAAGAUGAGUAGCACAAUGUGGACAUUUGCCAA